AUGGUCGCGCGCCGGAUCGCCGGCCGCAUCGCGGCGGCGCGCCGGGCCCUCACCGCGCCCCUCCCGACGCGGAUCACCAACGGCCUCGCCAUGGCCUCGCUCCUGCUCUCCUCCUGCGACCUCCUCCGCCUCUGCAGCCACCGGGACCGCCACCUCAGCUUCCCCCCCGGCGGCCGCGAGUUCGCCACCGUCGUCUUCCAGCUCGGCUCCGUCCUCUACCUCCUCAGCCUCAUCGCCAUCCCCCUCGCGCACUCCCAGGCGCCGCCCGCCAGCUCGCCGCCGGAGACGCCGCCCGUCACCCCGAAUUCAAAGCCCGACCGCCCGGACGACGGGGACGAGGAGAUCGUGGCCGCCGUGGUGUCCGGCGCGCUCCCGUCGCACCGUCUCGAGGCGCAGCUCAAGGACUGCCGCCGCGCCGCCAGGCUGCGGCGGGAGGCGCUGCGCCGGAUCACGGGGCGGGGCGUCGAGGGGCUCCCGUUCGACGGGAUGGACUACCAGGCCAUCCUGGGCCAAUGCUGCGAGAUGCCCGUCGGGUUCGUGCAGCUGCCCGUCGGGGUCGCCGGCCCGCUGCUCCUGGACGGCCGCCACUACCACGUCCCCAUGGCCACCACCGAGGGCUGCCUCGUCGCCAGCGUCAACCGCGGGUGCAGGGCCAUCGCCGCGUCCGGGGGCGCCGACAGCGUGCUGCUCAGGGACGCCAUGUCCCGCGCGCCCGUCAUCAAGAUGCCCAGCGCCAAGCGGGCGGCCGAGCUCAAGAUGUUCGUCGAGGCGCCCCCCAAUUUUCAGGCGCUGGCUGCCGAGUUCAAUAAAUCAAGCAGAUUUGGUAGGCUUCAAGGUAUUCAGUGUGCACUAGCUGGAAGAAACCUUUACAUGAGGUUUACCUGCAGUACUGGUGAUGCUAUGGGGAUGAAUAUGGUGUCCAAAGGUGUCGAGAAUGUCUUGGGAUAUCUGCUGAACAACUUCCCCGACAUGGAUGUCAUCAGCAUUUCUGGUAAUUACUGUUCAGACAAGAAGCCUACUGCUGUAAAUUGGAUAGAAGGACGCGGGAAAUCUGUUGUUUGUGAGGCUACAAUUAAAGGAAGUGUUGUACAGAGUGUUCUAAAGACCACCGUGGAAAAACUUGUCGAGCUUAACAUUGUCAAGAAUCUAGCUGGAUCAGCUGUAGCUGGAGCUCUUGGAGGUUUCAAUGCCCAUGCAAGCAAUAUCGUAACUGCUCUAUUCAUCGCAACUGGCCAGGAUCCCGCGCAAAAUGUUGAAAGCUCACAGUGCAUCACCAUGUUGGAGGCAGUGAAUGAAGGAAAUGAUCUCCACAUCUCUGUGACCAUGCCAUCCAUCGAGGUUGGCACAAUUGGGGGUGGCACUUGUCUUGCCUCACAGUCUGCCUGUCUGAACCUGCUUGGUGUGAAAGGUUCCAAUCAUGAGUCACCCGGCGCAAACGCUAAACUUUUGGCCACCAUUGUAGCCGGCAGCGUACUCGCCGGCGAGCUCUCCCUCCUCGCUGCUCUGGCCGCUGGCCAGCUUGUGAAGAGCCACAUGAAGUACAACCGAUCCAGCAAAGAUGUUGCCAAGGCUGCUUCUUGAGCAGCCCCCCGUCCAGUGCUGAACAUAUUUGGACAGGAGAAUCACCAGACAGCAAGCGUGUCGACAAGCAAAGCAAAUCAGCAGAGUAGAGAGACUUACCUGUACAUACUGCUGAUUAAGCGAGUGAGACUUGUCCAGAGUCGUCUCAGGUUGCGGGUGUCAGUCGCAGCCUGUGUUUCUAGCAUAAAUUUGUGGAGAAAAACACCUGACUUAUCGUGCAGCUUGUGAUUGUAAUUUUGUUUGCGUGACAUUGCAGAUGCUUAUGUUUGUAUUGUGUAACAAAUUAGACCCCCCCUUUUCG